CCUUCUCUUGAGUGGCGUGAGGAGGCGUGGAGGUGGGUGGCGAAGAAGGGUGAGAAAGGGAGCGAGAGAGAGAAGAAGGGUAGAGAGCGGGAGCAGAGUUGCAUCCAUCCAAGCAUAUCAUCGUUGUGUUGUGGAGCAGAGAGCUACGGACGGAGUUGGGAGGGGGUUAGGAAGGAAGGAAAGGGAGUUCAUCGCAUCCAGCAGGGAGCAACUGUUGAACAGAACCAGGGAGGGAAGGAAUUGGAGACAGCCAUCCCUCACUCGCGGGUGCAGGCAACGCAACGACGACGAGGGUGGAGCCAUCAUCGUUCCACGAGAUGAUGCUGCAACAGCGUCAACACCAACAGCAGCAUCCAGGAGAUGGCGGGGGAGCGGGCGCUAUGGACGCCAUGGCCUGCGACGACCACCAUGUGGUGGUCAGCAGGAUGGACCUGGCACCGCAGGUGCAAGGGCUGAGGAUGCUGGACGAGCAGCAGGAGCACGAACAUCAACGGAUUUUGUACGGGGAGAAGGGGCUUGGGGACCAUACCCAUGAUGAGAUGGGCAAGGGGCAGCAUCCGGGGCACGUUGUGGUGUAUGGCGACCGGGGGCAUGAGAAUGGACAUGAACACGCACAUGCGUACGCGGUGGAAAUGGGGAACGGGAAGCACGGCGUGGUGGAUGAUAUGGAUGCGAAGCUAGGGGGCUUGAGCGCCGCCAUGCUCCGAGUGGAUACCGAGAUGGAGGGCCGUGAGCGGCAGAUAAGCGAUGGUGACGUCGGGACGGCGAAUAGCCCGCAGGUUGGGUCGCAGAUUGGAAAGCUCCGAGGUCGGUCGUCACGCGACCCGGCUAUUGAGUGGAGUGAGAACGCCACGACGGUUUUGUUGCAGGCGUUUGGGGAGAAGUACCGCGCUCUUGAUCGCGGGAAUUUUACAAGCAAGAUUUGGGCCGACAUUGCGGCGAGGGUGAACAGCCGCGGCUCGCUUACGGGCAAUUUAGCGGACGGCAUACCAAAGACACAGGAGCAGUGUCGCAUCAAGGUUGAUAAUCUAAAGAAACGUUACAAAGUGGAGAGAGAGAAGAAACGUGUUUCGGGUUCGGGGGCGUCAAAGUGGAUAUUUUUUGAUAUGAUGGAUGAGUUGAUUGGAGCAAAUCCAAGGCAUAUGCGUAGCGGUGGUGGGCUCGGAGGAGCAGAUUCGCCUUUGGGUUUGGAACAUGGUGGCACACCUCUAGGCAUUCGAACAUCCGUUGAGGAUGGGGACAGGAUGUACUACUUAGAGAGUGCAGGCGGUGACGGCGAUCAAACAUCAGAAACGAUCCCUAAAAUUUCGCCGAUUCAGGGACGAAGGAAAAGGAAAAGAGCGUUGGAAGACUUGGAAAGAGAGAACGUGAAUGCUCCAGCUCUGAUGGCCUUGUUCGGGGAUUACAAUAUUCCAACAAGUAUCAUCGAUGCGAUGCUGCAGGAAGACAUGGACGAGUACACUCUGAUUAAUUCUAGAGAUAUCAUGGUGUUACUGGACCAGCUGCGAAGCAAGCACCGGCUGCACAUUAAGCUUGGGCCUGCGGAAAGGAUCAAACAAGCCAUCGAGGCUGCAAAAGAGAAGAAGAAUAGCCUGGCCUUAGUUCUUCAGCAUCAGCAACAACAACAGCAGCAGCAGCAGCAGCAGCAGCAGCAGCAGCAAUAAGUGCGGACUAAAUGGAUGCUGCUUGUAAGAGAAGGUGACGGUAGAGUGCGGUUUGUGUUGCUGAGUGGUAACUUGGGGAGCGGCUAGGCAUCCGUCUUGUUAUUGUAGUUUUUCUUUGGGGACGGUUCUGACGGAGCGGAGCUGCGUAGAAGCGGUUGGUGACCGAAGGCAAUUUUGCCUGACAUAGAUGGACGGCAUGGGUGGUGGUAGAGUUUGGACGAGGAAAGUGUGGGUGCAUAUCAUAGAGUGGACGUUCAGGAGCAUCGAGAGCUCGACUGGAAGUGAUGGUGGAUCGGUAGAGCAGGUAAUGAGAGGUUCCACAAGCGUACGGAGACAGGGAGUGCCGCGUUGUUGCAAUGCACGGUCGAUGUAGGUGGAUGGGUUGGAGUCGAUCCAUGCCGAAUCAGCUUCAGUUUUGAUGGCCAAAAUUUAUUUUUAUUUUUAUUUUUCCCUUUUUUGGGUGCAACAAUGAGUUUGUCGGGAGUAGGACCACUUAUUUUUUCGAGUUUCUUUUAGAUUGUAAAGGAAGCUGACUUGAGUAGGGCGGGAUCAGCAUUAUGUACCAUUCGUGGUUGUGUCACUGGACGCUUUCUCUAUGUUUUGUGUGAAGGGAGGGAAAUCUGGACGCGCCUUAUUCAUGUAUAGAUGGAAACUAUAAAGGUGGGACAGUGCGAGAGAGUACACAAGGAGGAUGAAAAUACUUGAUGGCGCUCAGUUGUAUCGUAUCGACAGUUUUGAUGCCGCGGUCUUGUUCAGUGUAGAUGUUACACUUUCCAUCUGGGAGCUGCUUGGCGGUGUUUGGAACAUCCAUCAGUAGCUUGAGAUGGGAGUUUUUCACUUUGCAGCUAAGUUAUUUCCGUUUGACCUCAACACGUCAUGGGUACAGUGGUGAUAACCGAGCUUCCACCUUCACGAUGGUCAAGGAAAUAUCGCUGUCGAUUCAACUCCGAGUAAAAAUCUGGUGGGCGCACGUUCUGCUGUGCCAUUCGGUAUACGUGGACUUUCAAAAGGAUUUGGUGCAUGUUACGUAGGCGGAUUGUGUUUGCAUUGUGUAGAACUACACUGCAGUUAAGUUGGCCGAGUGUUCAAUCAAUUUAAGCUUUGGCACUUCUAGGAUUUCCUCCAACAGGUUAAUGAAGGGAUCUACGUCCUGGCUUUACUGACAGAAAUCGAGAUACACUAUUCAUUAUGUUCAGCAGAAAGAAAAAAUGUUAAAAAACUCCAGUGUAUUGCAGUUCCAGGAUUUUCGGAAGGAGAUCCAUUUCUGACUGGAUUCUCCCGUACUUAGUUUCAUCGAUCCUGAUGUCAUGCUUGGAUGCAAAACAUCAUGUUCGGGUCCAAAAUGAUAGUGUUUGAAUACUUUUUAAACCUAUGAAGGCCUCUGGUUGCGAUUCUGGGGGAUCAUGUGACAAUGAAAUUAUCAGAUUAGGUAAGGUUUCCUUGCUUGAUCCAUAACUCAUUAUAAUCAGACUACUUUGUUGUCAAGA